AUGUCUGUGGAUCCAGCCCCAUGGACCGCUGAAUGUGGUACCAAAAACAGCUGCAAUAUGGUAAUCGCAAGAUUCGCUUCAGCACAGUGUGAGGGACUGGCGGACGACGAAGGAAAGAAGGCCUUGGUCAUGUUUGGCGAUCUCACAUUUACCAGGGAUGAUAGCCUUCCAAAAAGCAUCACGGACUGCUGGGACAAGGGCGACAUGAUCCGUCCGUUCCAGUCCAAACUGCACAAGUCAACGCUAUUCUUGUGUAGGCCACGUUAUGCCAUCAAGAACCUCAGUCUGGUGCGAAAUGAAACUAAGAUUAUUGAGACCGCCGACCUGGAGGAACCAGAAGCGCAAAGAACUUUGAGUACGAUCAAGCCUCUGGACUUCCUGUCGACUCUUCUAAAGAGCUUUGAGACAAACCCCCUCGAGUUGGCCUACAGAAUGCAUGGACACGUGAUAGAGGUUGGGGGCAGUAACAUUAUCGUGGACAAGGUGAUGGGGACCCUCCUACCAUAUCGGCAUGGUCUCCAUCAGAGCCAAAAAGCUCUCGAGUUAUACGAUGGUCAUGUUCUUGAGCGAGCGGCAGCAGAGUUCUAUCGGCAAUUUGGCGCCAUGCUGGGCAAGUUAUUACUUCUGGAGCCCGCUUCGAUAAGCUCUUUUUGGCCUCUCUCCAUCAAUGACGACCGUCUGGUAUUCGGGUAUGGGCCGCACAUUGGAUGA